AUGUCACCUCGUAUCCCCCCCACCAAUAAGUCCUCCCAGGCCGAGGCCCGACACCGCCCCGGCUGCGGUGCCCCCCGUGGGGCAGUAUGGCCGCUGCUCCGCCUCUCGUACUGGGGACCACAGCUGCCGGCGUCUUCCCUACGUCUGAAGAGACGGCGAGGGACGAUACAUAGGCCAAGGCCACGGUCGCCACCGGCUUCUGGCCCUCGGAACCCGCUGAAGCAGGAAGGAAAGAAAGAAGCCAGGGGCCAGAGACCGCCCAGCUCUAUUCCCAUCCUCCCCCCUGCCGGUCGGCCGGGCAAAGCCCGCGACACAUCGGGGACGUCGGGCUUACGCACCCACACCCCCUGCCCCCAGCCACCCGGCCACUUCGGCCUCGAGCGCCCGAAUCCCGGCACGUCAUGGAGGCGAACGGGACAAGGAAGGGUGCGGAAAGGGGAGGCGAGGGGGAAAAGAGGUGACACUUGGGGAAGUUUGCUCCUAUGCUCCUUCACCGACCCCUCGCGCCACUGCCCGCCCGCCAAAAGCCACGCCGACUUCUCCCAGGCCCCCACCUUCCGGGCUGCAGCCGAAGCCACUUCGCAGUCUUUUCUCUCCGGCCAACAACCCCGCAGCGCGGAACCCGUGGACGCGCGGAGACGUCACGUGACGUUCAACAGGCCGAGUGCGAUGGUUACGGAUGUCCAUCCUGCAGGCCAUCUUGGUCUCCCAGAAGACCCGCGCUGGGGCUCCAAGGCUAGAGAACCCGUCCGGACGCCCCUUGCGGCUGGUGGGAGCUGAACUGGUCACGCCUCGGGCCCAGGCUAACCCUGGAGUUCUCUACUAGGCCCGGAAAGUGGGGACCCCGGUGCUUGGUUUCCCUUCGUAUGAAUGCAGCCCAACAGUGAUUUUUGAUACUUCAAGAGUAACCAUUUUUAUCAAUGCUGCUAGCAAAAAGCAAAUAAGCUGAAGAAUUAUUAAUACUCAGACCAUUCCAUUAUUCUGCAUUCAUUGUAAUAGACAUUUAAAUCUUUUUGCUGAAACUAAAUGUAAUCUUAUUGUAUUAAAAAAAAAAAAAGGCAAGAAAAGAGUGAAAUUGGGGUUAGUGUCUUCUAAGCAGUCUUAGAAAAGCAUAUCAAACUACAAAUAAAUAACUUUCAAGAACA